UCGACAGUUAGGUGAGUAUAAAUCCCUUUUCUCUGCUAGUGAUGUCUUGAUGCUGCAUGAAUAAUAUAUUUAUUGUACAGAUGAAAUAGAUUAGACUGUGCUGUGUGUUCAGAGUGCAAUAGCACAUAGAUAUAUGAGCAUCAUGAGCAUAGUGUAGUGAACACAACAGACUGUGAUCUCUGGCAGAACAUUCAUCAUGCUGUUGUCUAGUUUAUCAUUUAGUGUUGUACAGACACAGAAAUCUGACCUACACACUGAUACUGAGAGCUAAAAAGCUGAAUGUUUUUGUUUGAAUGUGAUUUCAUAGCAAUAACUCUCUCUGAAAGUUCCUGAGACUGGCUAACAUUACUGUAGUGUGUAGAACUACAGAGAGAGAUGUGAGUUAGAGAGUCACACUGGAUAAUGCUGCAUGAAAGAGAUUAUAACAGAAUGGAAGCAAGUGAUCUGGUCAAUUUGUUUCUUACUGCAUUCAUACUGAAAGAUCCUGAAGAGAUUUUUCAAUCAGCAGAAAGAGGAGAGAAACAAUACAGUACAGGAUAAAACAGACUUUUAGGAACAGUUACAGAAUGUUUAUAGCUAAUACUUUAGGAUAAAAUACAGAAAUACUGAAAAUUACAAUGAGUUUUUAAUAAUUUCUAAUCUUUCUUUGCUUUUUUUCCACAUCCUCCUCUAUAUAAAGACGUCUGUGUUUAUCAGAGAGACAGAGAAUGGACAGAAGAUGAGAGAAAGAAAAUGGAGGAAUCUGUUCCACUGACUGAACAUCCAAUUGAUGAAAUUAAAGAGAAGUUCAGAAAGUUAGAAGAAACUGAAAAAGAGCUAAAAGACACUAAACUGGAACUGGACAGAAUUUCUAAAUCACUGGAACAUAAAGACCAGCAGCUAGAGGAUUGUAAAAGACAACUAGAGAAUAAAGAUACAGAACUGAGAAACAGAGAGAAAAACAUGGAGGAGAAGGACGCAGUACUCCAAGAUACAAAUACAAAACUAGAGAAGACGACUGAAGAGCUACAGGAGAGAGAAAGAGCUCUACAGGAGAGAGAAAGAGUUCUACAGGAGAGAGAUCAACAACUGAAACUGAAAGACACACAGAUACAGGAGGCACAAAUACAAGUGGAGGAAAUGGAGAACAGACUUGUGGAGAAAGAUGAAGAAAUAAAUAAGAAAAAUGAAGAGCUGAAGAUUCUCAAAGAAAGUUUAGAGACUAAUGAGAAAACUCUUUCUGAGAGAGAUGCAGUGUUAAUGGAAACAAAUAAACAACUUAAAAAUGCCACUGAACAGAUGAAGGAGAAAAUCUCAGGACUGGAGAAUCUGAACAAACUGCUGAGGGAGAAAGAAACACAGCUGAAGAGCACAGAUAAAGAACUGGAAACCAGUACAAAUCAACUGGAGACACUGGGACAGGAGCUGCAGGACAAGCAGAGACAACUACAGGAGAUGAUGAUCGUAGUGGAACAACAGAAAACUGAGUUAACAGAAAAAAACAAAGAGCUUGAAGAGAAAGAGAGUCUUCUAACUGAGAGAGAGACACAGCUAAUGGAAAGAGACAAACAGCUUCAGGAGAAAGACAGACUUCUGACAGAAAAUACACAAACACUGCAGAUGAAAGAUGAGACACUGGAAGAGAAGGAGACACUGCUCAAACAGACAAGAGCUGAACUGGACAAAACAAUGAAGGAAUUAGAAGACAGUCAGAGACACAUGGAGGAGAAAAACACACAACUAGAGAAUCUGAACAAACUGCUGAGGGAAAAAGAAACACAGCUGAAGAACACAGAUAAAGAGCUGGAAACCAGUACAAAUCAACUGGAGACACUGGGACAGGAACUGCAGGACAAGCAGAGACAACUACAGGAGAUGAUGAUCGUAGUGGAGCAACAGAAAACUGAGUUAACAGAAAAAAACAAAGAGCUUGAAGAGAAAGAGAGUCUUCUAACUGAGAGAGAGACACAGCUAAUGGAAAGAGACAAACAGCUUCAGGAGAAAGACAGACUUCUGGAGGAGAAAACAAAGCAGCUGCAGGAACAAACAGAUCCAGAAUCAUCAGCCCCCAUCAGGAGAAGAAACAGCAAGGAAUGGUUACCUCCAGAAAUGAGUGGAGAGACUCAGGACUCAGCACCAAUCAGGAGAAGAAACAGUAUGGAGGGAAAACAUCCAAGAUUGGGUGGAGAAUCGUCUAGUCCUCAUUCUCCAGUGUCGGUUCCUGUAGCAGAACUGAGGCUGGUGCUGCUGGGGAGGACGGGAUCUGGAAAGAGUGCAACAGGAAACACCAUCCUGGGCAGAGAGGAGAAGAACCAGGCUGCUACAUCUACAGCUACAUCUACAGUCACCCAGCAGAGUGAGAGCACACAGGGGGAGGUGACUGGGAGGAAGGUGACUGUGGUGGACACUCCUGACUGGUUCUGUCCUGAACUCUCUCUGGAGAAGCUGAGACAGGACGUGGGACUCUGUGUCCAUCUGUCUGCUCCAGGACCCCACGCCUUCCUCCUGGUCAUACCUGUAAAGAAGCCUACAGGAGAGGAGAGAGGGAUGCUGGAGAAAAUGGAGGAGAUCUUUGGAGAGAGAUGUUGGAGAAACACCAUGAUCAUAUUCAGUGUUACUGAUGAACUUCAGAAGAAGAACAUUGAGGAGUUUAUCCAGUCAGGAGACCAGGAGGUCCAGAGACUUGUAGAGAAAUGUGGGAACAGGUUUCACUGUCUCAACAUUAAGGAGAGUGGAGAUGGUUCUCAGGUCUCAGAACUGCUGGAGAAGAUAGAGAAGAUGGUGGAAGGAAGUAGAGAGAAAUUCUACAGCAGUGAGAUCUACCUGGAAACAGAAUCUCAGAUUAGAGUCAUGGAGACAAAGAUCCUGAAGGAAAGAGAAGAGAAAAGGAAGAGAGAGGAGAUGGACAUGAAAGAAACAAUAAAAAAGGAGAUGCAGGACUCUCUGAGAAAGAUAGAGGGAGUGAUCCAGGAGCAUGAAGGAGACAUCAGACAACUUGAUGACCGAACAACUGAACUGGAAAGAAAGAUGAAAGAAGAGAGGGAUGAAGAGAAAAAGAAAGAACUUGAGAAGGAGCUGAAACGAGAGGUAGAGCGAAGGACAGAAAUGGAAGAAAAGGUGAAGAAACUAAAAGAAAAGAGAGAGAGGGAGAGGAGAGAGAUGGAGGAGAGACACAAACAGGAGAUGGAGGAGAUCAGGGAGGUGUAUGAAGGAGAGGCCAUGAUGGAGGCAGAGAGAAAUCUCAUGAAACUCAUCCUGCCUGAACUCCAGAGAAAUAUUUUGUCCUCAAAAACAAAGAUGCAGGAAGAUUUCAGCAGACAGAUGGAGGAGAAGAACAGAGAGCUGGAGAUUCUUAAACAGAAACUUUCAGAUCUCACAGAUACUCACAGUGUGCUUGAAGAGGUUUAUGAGGAAACGGUCAGAAAAAGCUCAGAACAAGAGAGAGCUGCUCUAAAAGGAGAGGCAUCGAAGGGAAUCUCUAAGAAAUUUAAAGAUUUGUUUCAGUGAGUAACAGAGUUUAUAAAGCUGCAGAGACUCACCUGGUCAGAAAUGAGGCAUAUGAGUGAUGAUGGACAUCACAGAGGAAGAGAUAGAACCCUAAGGAUGAAGAAAGAAGAUAAGAAACAGGGUUAAACAGUUUUUUUUCUAUGGAAACCCUGCAGGGGAAACGACCUAACAGCCAAUAAUUCUUAAAACAACAGGAUUUUUAAAAAUCAAGAUGGAUUGUCCAGUUGGCUACAAGAGUCCAGCACACUCACAAAUUAGUUGCAGAUUUAGUCAAUUCUGAUUAACAGUAAGAUUGUUACAGCUACUUUCUUGUCAUGCAGGACAACCUAACAAAUAUAAUGAGUGGGGAUAAUUUAGAACAUUACACACACUGAAGAAAUCACAUCAUGACCCAAAGUGUUUUAUUCUUCUUAUACAACAAUUUGAUACAAUUACAUUUUUAUUAAUUAAACAAGAACACAGUAAACUAUUUAUCUCUUUACAGCUACAUUUAAUGUUGAUGUUCAUCCUCAAAACUGCUAGUUACUGUUCUCACUUACAUUAUAACAGCUUGGAGCAGUCAUCACCCUUUCUUUUCUCUCUCUUGAAAGGAAAAGAAACAAAAUUGUGUUAUAAAACCUGCUGAUUGUUUCUGUGAAUGCUGACGGUUUGAUGACAUGACACACACUUUUCUGUCCAGCAAAUUCUUUUUGUAUUGGUGACGUUUCAUUAGCAUCAUAAAAAUAUAAUGUGGUGCGAUCAUCUGAACAUCGUCAGAACUACAUUAUAAAGACUCCUUUGAUCUUUCUAUAUUGCUGUAUUUGACAUCAUUUUACAAAGUAUUUCACAUUAUUGAUUAAAACUGCAGAUCCUUUGGAUUAAUAGUACUUUCAUAAUAUACUAGAAAAGAAUUGUCCAGAUUUGUUCAUUUCGCAAAAUAUCACCUUGUGCUACUGUCUGUAACAGAACAUUUUGAGACUUUUAUAUUGAAAAAAUAUUAAUCAGAAAAAUAUCAUCGUAGAGCAACAUCUCUGUGAAUCUUGGAAAUAUCUGGAAGGUUUGUCAGACUUUAUCAACUUUGGAAAACUUGAACCUUUUUACAUUUUGCCAUGUUGUUCAUGUUUUAUAUCUCAAUGAGAUGGAUAUUUUAUUUAAAAAAUUAUUUGUAAAAAUUUGUAUCAAUGU